CGAGGCGGGUAGGCGGAUGGGUCUACGGCGUCUCCUUGGAGGGUUGGUCCACGCCGAGGUCUCCCCAACGCCGGUCCCGGAUUUAUACAGGAAAAUAAAACGGGAAAACCCAAACAAGUAAUCGACGACUCGUCUAGAGAGAGAAAGGGUUAGGGUUGGUUUGCUGUUGGAUGGCGGAGGGAGAACGGAGGGCGGCGACGGAGGAGACGUUGGCAUCGGCGGAGGAGGGGAGGGUGGAGGUGGGGCGGCCGGCGGUGUUGCUGGUUUGCGGGACCCUGGUGUACUACCACUGCGCGUACCGGGGGUCGAGCCUUCUCUCCCUCGUCUCCGACGUCCUCAUCGUCCUCCUCUGCUCCCUCGCCAUCCUCGGCAUGCUCUUCCGCCAGAUGAACAUCUCGGUGCCUGUGGAUCCUCUUGAAUGGCAGAUAUCUCAAGAUACAGCUAACACCAUUGUUGCUUGCUUGGCUAAUACAGUCGGAGCAGCGGAGUCUGUGUUAAGGGUUGCUGCAACAGGGCAUGAUAAGCGACUGUUUGUUAAGGUGGUUUUUACACUGUACCUCUUGUCAGCUUUGGGACGUGUAGCUUCAGGUGCGACGAUUGCGUAUGCUGGACUGUGCAUCUUAUGUCUCUACUUUUUUGCCCAAAGUUCUGAGCUCGUAUCUAGGUGCGCUUCUCGGUUCUCCAAGAGAAGAGACUCUUCUGGUGAAGUGUAGGAUGCUAUUUGGCAUAUACAUUUACUUUGAGAGCUCUUUCUUCAACUGUUGAUUCUUAAUUCUGUGGAUUCAUUGCCAAAGUUUAGGUUAGAUGGGAGGUUCUGUCUCGUUAGUUUUUCUUCAUCUCAUUUGAUUUCUUGAGCAUUAUUCCAGCAGAAUGAACACUCUCCUCAAGAUUGAUUAGUAAGUACAACCGUUGAUCAGAGUCAAUAGUCAUUAGCCAUUUAAGUCAUGCCAUUCUUUUGUGGGAACUGUUUGGUUUUCUCAGCUUAAAUUUGGAUUUGGAUACACCAAGCAAAAGGCACAUCCAGGAAGCAACAAGGUGACCAAAGCUCUGCAGACAUUGUGAAGUUGUCUAUAUUGAAAGAUUUCUCCUCUAUCAACUCAAGGAGGAUACCUGGAGAGAGCUUUUCCUAUUGUGUCUCCAUGUGGAUUUCACAUACCAACAAUUCCAUAAAAGAUGAUCUUUCAUACAUAUGGUGCCAAUGUACAUUUUUUUUCUGUAGCUCCAUCAAUCCUUUCUUAACAUAGGCUUCCAAUCCCUGAAAGGGAGUAAGUUUGGAUGUUUGAUUUCAAGAGACUUGCAAACCAUACUUUAGUCUCUUCAAUUGAGGCAUCCUUUUAAGGAUCAUUGGUUUGAAGCAGCCCCCUGGCAUUUAGUGCCAGAUUCAUGUCUUUUGUUGCUAACAAACAAAAAGGAUCAAUAGUUUCUUUGACUCAAAUUUUGUUGGGAGCAACCUUCCAGAAAUAACUAAACAGUAUCUUUCCACAAUAUUCACAAGAAGCAUCUAUUCAACUGGCUAGCAUAAAAGAGGUGACAGGAUGAAAUAUUCUUUUCCAUGGAGCUUUUAUUUUAGCAGUGCAUGUGUGCUGUCUUCCAUCAAUGCAUCAGUACAGGACAGGAGAUUGGAUCUUCGCAUUGGAAUGGUAGAUGACAAAAAGAAGGUGCGUACUCACAGCACUUUAUUCUUGUAUUUGGAUGAAAAGCCACUGAAGUACAGCAGGGCACAAAAAAGAUGCAACUAAGCUGGAACUUGGAACAGCUAAAAACUCUGAAUGAAUAAUGUGGUGGAAUAUAUGAUUAUGACCUUAUGAUACUCGACAUCAUGCAAUAGAUGUGAUGUGUUAGCUACCAUGUUCCUUUCUUUAGAUGUUAAAUGCUUCACUAUGAUACAUACAACUCGAAAGAAGAAAGUAUGUGUUGAUGCAAAACUUCAUGCAGGGAGAUAGUAAAACAAGUGCCUCGUUGAUACCUGAGCACAAACCUUUCACGGAUGGGCAUCAGUGGAGGACAUCAGGCAUCAUAUACGUCAGAUCAAGAGAGUACUUCUACUUCAGGCCAAAAGUAGUGGGGAAUCUUGUACAUUUUAGUUCACAUAUACUAUAGGAAAACAAUCCACUUCUGACCCAACUGUUAAUUGUGGGGCAAAAAAUUGUGAUCUAUUUGUCGAAAAAAAGGUUGUCGAUGCAGUGAAUGUUAUUACCAAGAGGAAAUGCCUAGAAGGGCUUUGAUGAACUUGUAAAAGUAUCCAGUAAGCAGAAAUGAAAUCCCUCUUUUGGGUCCCAACUUUAAAUUUCAA